GCAAAACAAGGAAUCGAUUCCUCGACGAAGUUCGCGCUGUGUGGGAGAAUCACGAUAGAGGAAUCGACGUGAGGGCCGCCAUGGAGGAGUACGCUCGGGAGCCGUGCCCGUGGCGGAUCGUGGAUGACUGCGGAGGGGCCUUCACGAUGGGGGCCAUCGGGGGAGGCAUCUUUCAGUGCAUCAAGGGCUUCCGAAAUGCGCCUGUGGGUAUGAGGCAGAGAAUGCGAGGCAGUAUGAGUGCCAUGAAGCUGAGAGCUCCUCAGAUUGGAGGGAGCUUCGCAGUGUGGGGUGGCCUCUUCUCCACCAUCGACUGUGGGCUGGUGAAGCUGCGAGGCAAGGAGGACCCGUGGAACUCAAUCACCAGCGGAGCCCUGACGGGCGCCGUGCUCGCCUCCCGCAGUGGCCCGGUCGCCAUGGUGGGCUCAGCGGUGAUGGGAGGCGUCCUCCUUGCCCUCAUAGAAGGCGUUGGCAUUAUGCUCACCCGCUACACAGCACAACAGUACCAAAACGGGCCUCCCCAGUUUGUAGAUGACCCUUCACAGCUGCCAUCAAAAGGAAGCUCAGAGCAAGAUCUGGGACGCUACGGGCAAUACCAGUGAAAGCACCAUAGUCGCAGUCAAGAGACCUCCUGGAAUUCGGUGUUCAAGUAAAAAUAUCACAAACAUUACCGUUGAUGUUUUACAUUAAUUUAAAUGCUGUGUCUAUGUUAAAAAAACGUUUGUUAUGUUGCAAACUGUAACUUCCUCAAUGAUUCAGGUUUAUUCAUAGUUUCACAAGAUUAUUUUCCAUCACUGGCUCAGGUCAAUUCGUGAAGACGAGCAGCUCAUUGUUCACUUGAAUAGUGUGCAGUGGUCACCGUGAAUGUUAUUUUAUAACGAAUUUGAUUAAUGGUCUGGUCACAUGAGCUGCAAGAGAGAGGGUGCUGCCCUCUCCGCAUCACACACAAACUACUGAGUUGCAGUGUCAUCCAGCGGUGGGACAGUCUUGUACUCUCUGGCAUGUGACAUCACAUUAUAACAAAAUUGUUCAAUAUUUCAAAAAAUGUUAGUGUUGGACAAUAUUUUUCCAAUAUUUGUUUCAUUCAAAUGUUACACUUUUUAGAUUUCACCCCUUUCAGUAUGUGGUAUAGAGCAAUUGUCACUGUUACAUUACACAAAGUCGAACUUGAUUUUCCGACCAGCCAAUACACAAGAACACCUGUACGUGAUCACAUUGCAUUCAACAUUUCCCCAAAAAGACAUUAAGACCAAACCAUUCGUGAUAUAGCGAUCAGGAAUUUCUGAGAAAAUAGAAAAGGUAAAUGUGAUGUUAUUGUCAUGAUGCUCAAGACAUGUUCAUGGCUUAUGGGAUAAAGGAAUGAGGGAAAUUGUUGGUCUUAGAAACAUACCAACAUAGUAAAUUGCCUGCGAUAUUUGUGCUUGAUCACCAGAAAAGAACAAUCGUCACCAGAGUUCCUACUAGUCAAAACCCAACUUGUCAUUGCUGUUAUUGUGUUGUGUGAAGAGUUUUCGAGUAGCCACACAAUAGAGCAAUAACCGUGCUGUUAGCUACGUACGGUGAGAAAGAAGUUUAACAUAAACUGCAAUGGGAUUUAAAAAAAAAACUUAGAGAGAGAUUGUAAUCCUUUGAACACAUUAAUAGUUUUAAAACAUUAAACAUUGCUUCUGUUUGA